ACAUGAGUGGGGAAACUUGUUAAACAUGAAAUGCAGUAACAUUGCUGACAUUACCACAUCCUGCCCUACCUUGGAUGAUGGGUUUAUAAGGAAGGACCUGUCUCCCAGCCCAGAUACCACUGCUGUUCAUCUGCCUGUCUACCAGACCAGCGUACCACUGCUGUUCACCUCCCUGUCUUUCUUUCCAUAAUGAAGCUUAUCCUGACUCUCUCUCUCAUCUGCACUCUCUUCUGCUCAGUUGAGAUGCUGCAGUGUUUCAAAUGCAUUGGUGAAGAAUGUACAAACUCAUCUUUAGUCAACUGUCCAGCCAUUUCCAACAAAACAUGUCUCACUGCAAACCUAAGGGCAAAAGGUCUCAUCAAUGUCACCACGGUAGUCAAGGGGUGUUCACCAACCUCCAACUGCGGAUCUCCUCUGAACAAUGGAACCACAGUGUCAGUGAACCAGGGCUUCUCAUACACUGCCUUUAACUUGCUCUGCUGUAACACCGAUGGGUGCAACAAUCAAACUCAGCCUGCCCCCAAUUCGCUGGCUAAUGGAAGACAAUGUCCCUCCUGCAGCAGCUUCCAAGACACGGUGUGUAACAGCACUGUGGCCUGCCUGGGUGUGGAAGACCAGUGCUUUAGCGGCAGUGUAACACUUGGCUCUACCAAUAUUACUACGGUGAAUCUCAAGGGCUGUACAACUUCCAACAUGUGCAACUCUAUUGAUCAACUGCUGCCCUCAGUGAAUCAACUGCUGCCCUCAGUGAAUCAACUGCUGCCUUCAGUGAAUCAACUGCUGCCCUCAGUGAUUAUCAUGAGUGCAAUCACGGCUGUGAAUUUCACCUGUAAGACAGCUCCUGCAACUGUAACCACAGCCCCUGUAACUGUAACCACAGCCCCUGUUACUGUAACUACAGCCCGUGUAACAGCCACAGCCUGGUCAAUCCGACUGAGCCUAGUCCCUCUGCUGCUGGGCCUCACCAUCAGCAAACUUAUUUGAUAUAAACAGAGAUGAACAUAUCGGGACUCAUCUGACAACAUAAUGCAUUGAUUAAAAAACAACAGAAUGUACAAUGAUUUUCAUGUAUUGUGAAAUACGCACUAUAAUUGAAAUUCUGUUUGCUAGAUGAUGCCCAGUUACAUUAUAUAGUGUGCUUGCUUGAGGAAAUACUUUCUUAUAUAUUACUCUGUAUAUUUUAUAAAGUGUGAUAGCUUGUAAGUUUAAAACAAGUCAAUGCCAAUAAAGUUUCUAUCACUUUACCAAAA